AAAUGGCGUGUUCUAAGUAUAUUUCUACGAGAGAGACAACAAAUGCUGCCCGUGUUUCCCGGUUAUUGUUGGAUCCCUGUACUGACCUAUUCAGAGACAUUCUUAGAAACCAUAUUCCAGAAACACUUUUUUCUGGUACCCUUCAACAGGAGAAAGGUGUUUUAUUCCCGUUAUUACACAAAGUACACAGAGAGAAACUUUAUCCAAAAUCAGGUUAUUUCAAUGGAACGUAUGGAGAAUUUGAUUUGUCCCUGUUGUAUAUUUUACUUCGAAAUUUAUCAGGAAUUCCGCCUCACCAGAAAGGAUGGGCUAAAUCACCGGACCCUUCAGACCGAUCUGUUUCUGCAAAUAUAGACAGAAUAAGAGAAAUCAGAAAUACUUAUUGUGGUCAUGCAGUCCGUGUCUCUCUAUGUGAUUCAGAAUUUCAGAAGCUUUGGAAAGAACUUGCAAUUAUGAUCGGUGAACUCGAGGGUAGUCUACCUGGAGGAUGCACGACAUACACAAAUGCUGCAAAGAUGAUUAAAUAUGAUACUAUGGAUCCUGAACAGGAAAAAACAUUCCUUGACAUCAUCGAUCAACAAAAUCAAAAUGUCCAGGAUCUAAAGGAGGUUACAGGGGUGUUGAAAGAAGAACAGGAAAUGCUUAAGUCUAAAAUCAAACAAGAAAGAAAAAGGAGGAAAACAGAGCAAAUAAAACAACAAAAGGAAGUUUUUGAAUUGGAAAACAUUCAAAUAAAUCAAGGAACUGAGAUAUCAAAACUGAAACAUGAGCAAAAACGCCAGAAAUUUGAACUUCAAACUCAACAAAGAAUGCAAAGAACAGAAACACUACCAGAUUCCGAAAGAGACAACAUUCUUGCAACUACUUUAGCUGUUUUGAGAAAUAAAGACCUUAAUAAGGUCAAUAUUAGAACAUCGGGAGUCCAAAAUACUGUGGAAAAACUCAGAAAGAGCCACAUCGCUAUACUGACAGGAAAAGCCGGGACUGGCAAAACCACCACUGCGUAUCAAGUCAUGCGUGAGAUGUCUGAUCCAUUAUUAGAAUUUCCUUUCACGCCUGUUUUUAUAAAAUCUCCAGAACAAUGGGAUAAAGUUAUAAAUCCUGCAUAUCGAUAUAUCGUUUACCUAGAUGAUAUUUUUGGUUCAACAAAUCAAGAUACAGGAGCAGUUGAGAAGUGGAAAAAUCAAUUCGAUAUAAUGUUUUCAUGUGCUAAAACUGGAAAUAUCAUGGUGUUGUUUGGACUAAGAAAGAAUGUAUUAGAUGAAACAAGGAAGAGGUUGGAACAUGCAAUUUUCCAUGAUGGAAACAUAAUCGAUAUCUCCUCAGAAGAAAAUUUGACAAUGAAUGAUAAAGUGAAAAUGGUUGAAGUUUAUGGGGACAAGUGUAAAUUUGAAGCCUCGGAACUACCUGGUAACAAAUUUGCAAGGUACUCUGAAAUGAAUGGAUUGAAUGCUAACUACAAACUUUCUUUUGCUGAGAAGUGGGAGAUUCUUUCUGCCAAGCCGUAUUAUGGAUUCCCUUUGACAUAUUAUCAGUUUUUUACCAGACAAGAGUUUUUUCAGCUUGGUCCCUCUUAUUUUCAUCGACCCAAUGGGAGUUUGUUCGAAACAAUAGAGGAUAUGCGGCGUUCAAAAUCAGGAAAUAUGAUUGAAAAGGUCAAAUAUUGUAUCUUAUGCUAUGUAUUUAUUCAUGGGAAUAUUGAACCAAAUAGUGUUUCUGAGGCACUGUUUAAAACUAUCUAUGAGAAAUUGAGGAUCAACAAUAUCCUUGAUAUUGAAAUAAAAGACGCAAUCAAUGACUUAAAUGGUUUGUUCUUGUCAAAACUAACCACAAAACAUCCUUACGAGUUUUCGCAUGAAACUAUUUUAGAAACCGUCUUAGUAUCAUUUGGACAAUUAGCUCCAGAAAUUGUGAUUAAACGUUGUAGUAGGGAAAAACUACAUGAAUUGAUCCGUUCACAGAACUAUGAUACAAAACCCUGUGAAGUUGUUCUGAAGAUUCCAAAAGCUAAUUAUGAAGAUCUGACACAAAGACUAUUACGUGACGAUGAUGGUGACGGGGAAGCAAUACAGGAUACAUUUCAGGUGGCUGUAGAUAUUGUUCGGCAUCCGGCAUGUGAAGACCCUGGGUUUGUUUCUUUUUUCUGUAAUCGUGGAGUUUCUGACAGAUUGUAUACCGUGUACCGCAUUCUCUGUCGUCGUAUUGUUGUUACAAGUUUGGGACACGAAAUUGUAUUUCGGGAACUUCUAGGGCGUUUUGGUCCUCAUCAAGAAAAUUCAAUCCAACAGAUGGAUGAAUCAAAUUUUAAAAUAAGUAUAAAGCGUAUUAAAAAAGUGCUCAGUUGUAAUUUCAAUAGAAGAAAUGCAUUGAGGAUUAUCGUACCGUAUAUCUGCAAAUAUCGUAAUCGACCUAAAAUACUGUCUCUUCUACGUUUAACCACAUACGCCGGCCUUUCUAUUCUCCAUUUUUGUGUUCUUCAUGGAUUUGAAGACUUGGUAGACAUGAUACUGGAGAUACUCACACCGACAGUGACGGUAGACAAUUGGUCAUGUGUUCAUCUUGCUGCAUAUGCUGGAAGAUCAUCUAUAUUGCAGAAAUUAAUAAAUCUUGGACAUGAUAUAACAAAAAGAACGGUGGAUGGUAAUUCGGUGCUACAGACAGCUCUAUUAGGACUCAGAUACGGAGCUCAGGAUGUUAUUUUCCCGUCGUCCCUCAAAGAUAAUUAUGAUUAUUGUGAUUCUUUGUUUCGCAACGUUUCUGUAUCAUUUCCAGGUAGUAAUGGUUUUAAAAGUAUUCUUGAAGAUUUGCUAACAAAAGCACCCGAAGUUUAUGAAUCUGACCUAUAUAUGGCUGUUGAUAAAUACAACAACAACGUUAUGCAUUAUCUUGUGAUGCAUAAUUAUGGCGAUAUUUUAAGAUGCCUUCUAAAAUAUGACAAAAUGUUAGUCUUUCAACGUAAUAGCAGUGAUCUGCCAACGACAUUACACGUAGCAGUGUAUCUAGGUAGACCAGAAAUGGUGAAAAAAUUGUGGGAAGAGGGAGUUCGUCCUGAUAAUUCUGAUCUGCCUCUUAUGGAAACUUUUAAUAAAGGUUCAUAUUUUACCAACAGAGUGGUAAUAUUUGGACAACGCGUAGAUGUUCUAAAGGAAAUAAACGAUGAAAUAUAUAUCAAAGAAUGUGCUGAUGUCAAAGACAAUGGGGUGUUUGAUAUGAAACUGAAAGCAAUAAGGGAGGUGAAUGUUAUCUUCGGAAGAAUUGAGGAGUUUCAAAGUGUACUAAGUUUUCUCCAAGAGAAGAUCAUGAAGAUGGAAUUGUAA